AUGACGGAGCCGCGACGGUCGACGAGGGCGCGCGCCCGCGAAGAAGCUGCGCCGCCCGCCCCCGACACGGGCAGCGAGAAGGCGGCCAAGGGCGCCAGGUCGACGCUGAAGCGCAAGCGGGCCAGCACCGCCGUCAAGCACUCGUCCACGCCCGGCACGCCCGUCGGCGACACAGCGCAGCAGGGCCCCAAGCCGACGCUGCCCCUCCGCGUCGCUGAAGGGCAGCCGCUGCCCACGCUGCCCGACCCACAGCCGCUGCAUCUGCCGGCGGCCGGAUGGCAGAACAUCCAGCAGAGCGGCGUGCUCAGCGCCUCCCUCGACCGCUCGCGCGCCGUCUGGGUCUCGGGCGUCAACUUCCGCACCUUCCACAAGAAGCACACCAUGCCCAAGAAGAUGACGGACCGCACCGACGCAGACAAGGCCGCCCGCGCGCGCCAGAAGGAGAUUGAGAAGAACUUCCCCCAGGUCGGCGCCCUCGACGCCCAGCUGGUCAUCGAGCCGCACACGUUCCCCAUCAAGCUGUACGCCCCCAAGGAGGGCAGCCGCGCCGCCCCCAAGAAGAUGCCGCCUCCACCGCAGCAGUACGGCGCUUGGCCGAACCACGGCCACCACGGCCAGCACGGCCAGCACGGCCAGCACGGCCAGCACCCGCCGCACCACCAGCACCAGCACUACAACCAGCCGCCCUACCCACCCAAGCAGCAGCCCCAACCACGACCGCCGCCCCUCAAGCCUGUCCAGCAAGCCCCUCCGCAGACAGCCCCAGGCCCAGCGUCCACACCGGCCCCCGACCCCGUCAUCCACAUGCUGGCUGCGAGAGCCGGCACCGACCCAGAGCUCAAGGCCGUCAUGAAGAUUGUUGCCGCCGGCCAGGCGAGCAAGGACCAGCUCGAGUUCUUCCAAACACACAUCAACGAGCUGACCGAGAUACUGGAAAAGAACAAAAAGGCAAAGACACCCAUGCCGCUGCCGCCCGUCCCAACGCCAGCACCGCCGAAGCAACACACUCCAGCUGUAGCGACACCAAAACAGCAACCUCCAACUGCACCGCCACCGCCACCGCCACCUAAACAGCAAACCCCAAACGCGGCACCACCAAAGCACGCCUCGGCUCCAGCGCCAGUGCCACCAAAACAAUCCCCCGCGCCAGUGCCACCAAAACAAUCCUCCGCGCCAACGCCGCCUCCUCCGCGACCCACGCCACCUAUACAACAACAACACCCGCAUCAUCAACCCACUCCAAAAGCCACACCCACGCCCACACCCGCACCCAAGCCGUUUAGCCCAGCACCGCCGCAGCCACAACAGCAAUACGCGCCCCCGCAAUCACGACCUCCCCCGAACAUGUACCCUGUAAAGAACUACAACCAUCCAACGCACUAUCAACAACCUCCACCGCACUAUGUCGCUCCACCACCGCCGCGCAUCACAUAUCGCCCUCUCACGUUCGAAUUUGUAGAAGGAAACGGCGACCGCUUCUACUUCCCCUCCUACAGCUUCAUGGAGUGGCUGCCCAACGGUUCUGGUGCAAAGUUCAGCUUCCUCGUCACCAAGCUGAAGCCAAAGUCUGAGGCAGCCGCCAAACCCUCCCCAACACCCGCGCCACCGCAAACACCCGCUCAAGCGCCUGCGCCUGCGCCUGCGCCUGCGCCUGCGCCUAGCACGGCCAAUUCGCCCUUCCCGCCAACGCCCAGCGGCCCCACCGCUACGCCCACACCCGCACCCACCCCCUCUUACCUCGCGCCACCCCGCAUCGAGGACUUCGACGAAAGGAACGACCUCAACGAUGUUGACUUUUACCAGCCCGUCACAGUCCUUGUUCUGACCGACGAGCACGAGGUCAAGAACGCGUUGCCGCGCGCUAUCCGCCCGCCGAGCGUGGUGGACAAGUACAUGGAGGAAGUCUUCGACACCUGCAAGCGCGCAGAAGAGACGUACCUAGCCUUCAGGCUGCCCAAGGACGGAAACACAGACGUGGAUGCGGGAGUGAAGAGCGGCGAUGCAACACCGAGGGUAUCGACACCGAUUGCGGACGUGGCCAUGGGCGGGAUGGGGUCGGCACUUGGAGAGAAGAGGAAGAGCAUUGCCGGGCGCUCGCGAAAGAGCCUGGCGUAG